AAAUGUUAAAUUAUUUUAUAAUUUGGACAUGCGUGACAUUUCUAAAGGAAAGUAAGAGAGUGAUUACAGUCUCCUCCCUUUGAAACCAUGUGGUAAAAAUACUGCCGUACACCCAUUGUCUCAACAAACCUAUUCUUCCCCAAAACAAUUUCAAUUGUGUACGGUUUUUUUUCCCACUGGUGCACAAUCAAAGUUCACCCUGGGUAAAUUGCACUCAUUUACUCCUUCGUGGAGUUAUUUUCAUUCAUUGUAUACAUUGUUAUUUAUACAUUACUACAUUUUGCAUGUAAACACUUGUUGAAAGGAAUGUUUAAAAGAGCAUGGUAAAAGUGUUAAUGCGUUUAAUGGCAUGUAGCCAGUGUUCGACAAUAUAAAGGGCAUUAGUGGACACUUCAUCAGUUCCCUCCCCCUUAGCUCCUGUCCACCUAAAUCAUCCUGUCUGCUACUGCUAGUAGGAGAGCUGGAGACUGAGAGAAAGAGAGAGUAUGUUUUUGUUCUGGUGCAGAAAGGCUCCUGCCCCAGGAUGUUGCCUUUAAAGCUGAAGAAGUGGGUUUCCUGUGGAGGAAACGAUCACAGAACAGACAAGCCUUGGUCAAGACACCGUGUUCCCAACAUUUCUUGAGCACAGGUCACCGAGCUGCAGAGCGGGCAGCACACUUCUGUGGGAUAAAGUUAGUCUUACAGCCUCGAGUGGUGGUUGUUUCACAUGACAGAUCUCGGAUGCUUUGGAGAUUGGUUGACUGACAGCACAUGAUAUGAGCCUGACCUAUUCCACAGGAAAAUGCAUUGAUGAAUAAUAUGCAAUGGACUAAUGACAGGUGGAUGGAUCAAACAGAUACAUCAAACUAAUCAAAGUCUUGCUUUGAGUCAAUGAAUGGAUAUUUCUAAGACAACUCAUCAUCCUACAACUGCCAAUUCAUGUCCAAGUGAGGUCACCUGUAGUUUCUCAUAUCUGGGGCUUUUAUCAACAGAGACAUGUUCAAUCACAGCUGCAGCCUCCCAUUGGACACGGACACAUUUGGCCUGACCUGUAUCUAUGGCCUGAUCUUCUCUUUGGGUCUCCCGAGCAACCUGCUAUCUCUCUGGGGACUGUACCACCUAGGCCGCUCCGGUGGAGGAGGCUGUCAGCUGGUCUACAUUCUCAACCUGCUGCUAUCAGACCUUCUUCAGCUGCUCACCCUACCACUAUGGAUUAUUUAUCUCCAAGCGAGUCACCGCUGGCCUUACGGCCAGUUAACUUGCGAGCUGGUGGGAUACGUGUUUUACGUAAAUGUCUACGCUAGCGUCAUGUUCUUGUGCCUGAUAGCACUGGACCGCUGCCUGGCCAUUGUCUACCCGCUGAGCAGCCGCAGAGUGCGGACUGUCCGGCUGGCAGCGUUGUCUGGCGUGGCGGUCUGGAUCCUCACAUUCCUGUUCUGUCUGAGUGGGCUGCUGCCGUCAGUGUUUGACUCUGACAGACUGCUGUGUCUGGAGCAGUACCCCGUCAGCCCCAGAUACGCCUCCUUCAAGAUCACAACGGUGGCCCUGGGCUUUCUGCUGCCAUGUGCCAUACUCGGCUACACCUCCGCCCACAUUGGGGUGACACUGCGGCGAUCUCCGUCUCUCUCUGACCAUGAGCGACGCAAAAUCGUGGGAAUCCUUGUCGUGAUCACCAUCAACUUCAUUGUUGUGUUUGGACCCUAUCACCUCGUGGGCGGAUACAGAUUUGUGUCCUUGCUGCUGAUUGACCAGCCAUGUGGAAUGGAGCGUUCCAUUUUCCUCACCUAUCGCAUAUGCUACGGUCUGACAAGUCUAAAUACCCUACUGGAUCCGCUCUUCUAUAUUUUCCUGUGCCCUGAUGCUCGGCUAGAGCUGCAAAGAUCCUUGCCCGGUUUGGGAAGGGGGCAAAGCAAAAAGAUUGGCUCCAGUACAAGACCUCCAUCAGAUAACCACACGGAGAGGGAAACUGGACUUGAUAAUCUUUUAGAAAUAUAAUUUGGAUUUGACCUCAGAGCUGAGCUCCUGGUGUUUAGUCAAAGCAAGUGUGCCAGAAAGUUGAUGUGUUCAGUGUGUUUAAGCAAAUGCAUUCAUUCAAGGUGCUUGAACCUUAUCCGCUAAAAUACUUACAAAAGUUAAGCUUUCAGUUACUCAUGAUGAUAUUAAUUGUUUUUCAGAGGAUGAAAAUAGGAUCAUUUGUGUGCAGCACAAAAAAAGUUUACUAAAUUGGAUUUCUUUCUUGUGUGUGGAAACGAUUCAACCAUUUCACAAUGAAUCAAUGUUAUUUUACUGUAAUUUUACAAUUGUACAAAUGUUCAAAUGUUCAGUCACUUACUUACUAUGAGUCAGUCUGAAAAUAGAACGGUUGAGAAUCUUUGAAGAAACACAAGCUUGACAGUGGCUACAUCAUGCAAAUCAAGGUAAAAGACACAGUUGUGUUUAUUUUGUUAAACAAGAUGUACACAUCAACCAAGCAUAAAAGUAAAAGUAGGAAAUGUAAUAUACAAUCUGUUCUCAUAAAUUUGUUGAAUUUGAGUACAAACUGUCAUGUCAAUGUAGAAUACAUUUUUGAAGGCUUGUGAGAGAAUAACAAAAACACUAUAGUGAUAUCACUUAGAAAAUAAAACCGUUUCAAGAA